UCUAGCGCGCUUUCCAGGCAGUGGCAAAACAACGCUACUUAAAAUAAUAGCUGGACGAUGUGCUGGCGACUUUACCGGCGAAAUAACGCUCAAUCAGCGACUGCUCACACAAGACUUGUUCGAUUCCGCUUGUGCGUUCGUCGAUUUCAGUCAGCCGCUGAUUGAUGUACUCAGUGUUCGUGCUGCUCUCAGAUUUCAAGCCGACCUCACACUCUGCGGCCUCAGCGAUCGUCAGAAGGAGGAAAGAGCAGCCUCUUUUGUUCGAGAAUUUGAUCUUGUGCCUUACAAUGACGUACUCAUUCGAGAACUGAAUGAGGCUGCACGAAGACGUUUGCUUCUGUGCAUGCAUUUGAUUCGUGAUCCGGGUAAGUUUUUACUGAAAAUAAGUUUAAAAAACUUUUUAAGCACCUAUUAAAU